AUGAAAUUGAUUUCGCUAUUUAGGUACCGGAAGGAAGUGAAGAAAUUAAUAUCACAAUUAUCUCAAAUAUUCAAAGAAUUCAAAAACGGUCCAAAAGAAAUUCAAGAGUAUCAUGAGAAAGAGAUUGAUGAAAAUCAUUUGAAGGAAAUUGAGGUGAUUAAAAAGCUCAAAGAAAUCAUUGAAAAUCAUACAACUGCUAUUCAAAUGGUGAAACUUCUCGAUAAAAUGCUUCGAAUUAAUCUGAUUACGCAAUUUCUUUUGUAUUCGUUAAGUUUUUGUUUUGUCAUGUUCAAUUUUGCAAUGAUAACUGAUAGCUUUGAUAAGUUGGUUUACGUUUUAUGCUUUGUUGUUGUUUCGGAAAUGACGCAAUUCAUUUUUUGCUAUCUGCUCACGAAACUUCAAGAACAGAGUCAAUUGAUUGGUCUUUCUGCUUACGACAUAAAGUUUUAUAAUUAUUCAACCAAAGUCCAAAAGAUGGUCAUGCUUAUUAUCAUGCGAUCUCAAGAUAAGAAAAUUGAAGUUACAGCUGGAAAAUUUUACACGGCAAAUUUGGAAAGCUUUGGAAAUGCUUUGAAGACAUCGAUUGGAUAUUUUACAUUCAUGAAGUCAAUUUAUGCUGUUGAAACAUAA